AUGAUUUUUGUUUUCAUGGGUACCGUAUCCUUGGCUUUGCUGAUAACAUCUGCUUUAGGGUUGGCAACAUUCGCUUUUCAUGAAAACUUUUUCUUCGAUUUCACGGUUUCGCUAUUGAAAGCGAUUGGAUACACACUUUUCACUACGAUUGGAUUCCUGUUUGAAUUAUCGAAUCAACUUGUUUCCGUGUGCAUUGCAUGCCUACCGUCGGUACUAAAACUUGUGAUGAUGGUGACAUCCUUUUUAAUUUGGGUGGUGAAGCAAGUUCUGAAAGGAAUAUUUGGCACUGGAAAUGUUUUCCUUACAGCAUUGAGCUGGGUAUUUUGUUUCUGUUUAUUUUGUUUAUGUGUUUUAUGGACAGAAAGAUUUUUCUCAAAUGCCACCUCUAAUGAAGUUGAUGACAAUAACAGAAAUACGAUUCGUGAAGUGAACAGAAGAAUGGAAUAUGAAAACCAUGAAAAUGAGAAUGAAGAGAACAGCAUGGAAGAAGCAGAAAUCAACAUGGCUUCCGAGGACAAUGACAGGAAUGCUGUGCGAGAAUUAGAGCAUAGACAAUCUAAGAGAAGGUCACCCGAAAUAGCAGCAGCAGUAUUCCAGGGAGAACGACUCGUAGUGCGACUGCCUAAAAGGCGUGGAUUACACAGGAAAGCUAUCAAUUAUAUUCAAAUUCAGAAUGAAGAAAUUGAAAGUGAAACAGAUGCAGAGACAGACUGCAGUAAUGACAGCUCAGAAACCGAGGUGACAGAUGUGAAUGGCAGAAAUAGUCUCUCAAGAACCAUUAACACAACAGUGGUCCGCAGGAGACACAUCAGAGAUGAUGUGGAGGACACAGUCUGUGUAGUCUGCUUUGACAGACAGAGAAAUGCAGCUGUUUUUCCAUGUGGACAUCUGCAACUUUGUACCCAGUGUGUGGAAUCUAUCAUGACAAGGACAAAAUGCUGUCCCACUUGUCAGAGUGACAUCGAGGAGUACAGAAAAGUGUACUUGUAGUAACGGAGGAGUAAUGGGGAAUCUCUCAAAAUUUACCAGUAUUGUAUACCAGAACAAAACAAAAACUUUCAUCAUUUUGUAUAAACAAAGGUCAAUCUAGCAUUACCUGCAACAUUCAAACUUUUUCUUAUUUCACAUAUUCAUAACGAUAUCUCAGUUGAACCCACCCACAUUUAAGUCCAAAUGAUUCAUGAACUUUAAAAAAAAGAACAUUCAAACUCAACUUAGAAUACUCAAACUACCAAGAUCCAUGUAAUUCUUCUAUAGCAAUAAACACAUUUCCUUGUAUUUAGGGAAUGUUCACAUCUGUACAGGUUUUACAGAAAUAUUUCGUACAAUUACACAUAUUUUACAAAUGACUAGUCUUUACAUAAAAUGUUGAUCAUUUGAAUGUAUUGUUUUCCAAAUAUAUGUGUGCAUAUGUACAAAUCAACAAUGACUGAACAAGUUCAUUACAUUGAAGUUUUUACAUGUUCAUUUUCAUUUCAAAAGUAUUGCCAAACCUCCAACUCCCUAAACUCUGUCACCUUUGGGAUAAAUCAUGCUAUUUGUAUUUCUGCACACCGAAAAAUCUAAAAUGUCUAAAUAUGUUAAAUAAGCUAGAUUUUAUAGUUAUAAUUAUAAAAAAUCAAGUUCAUAGUGGGAAGAGCCUAAAUACCCAGAGGCUUAGGUAAAUAAACUAAAUAAUGCUGCUUUAUUGUAUUUUAUUUUUCUAUUCGGAAUUAAAUGUGUAAAAUGUUUGUAUUAUGGGGAAAUGAAAACAACAGACACAUGGAUUAUUUCUGCGAGAUAACUGAUUAGGAAAUCUUUCCUUGCUUCCAUUUUUCUUAUUCCCCCAUAUUACACAAAAACUAGGCAUUUAUUACAUAAGUUCUGACAUAUUGAUAUUUUGGUCAUAUCUAUAUUUAUAGAUCUAUAGUAAUUUUUGACUCCCACAUUAGGGAGGCUUUCGGUUUGUAAUUGAAACAAGUAUGCUAUGAUUUCAAUAUUACCCAAGUACAACCUAAGUUAUAGUAUUUUUUCAAUACUUAAAGGGACUGGUUCACGUUUUUCAAAAGAAAUGUUUUUCAUUUUUUAUGUUAAAAAUUUAAAAUAUAGCUCAUUUAAUGUUGACAAUCAAAAUUUGGACCGUCUGUAGCAAGGAUAAGAGCAAUAUUUUAGCUUUGAUUCUAUGUUAUGUAAACAAAGACUCGAGUCAUUUUAUGUAAACAAACCAACCAGUGAAAAGUUAAUUUUGUUAUUUAAAGCAUCUUCAUUUUGUACAGUCACAAAAUUUAACUUUUAAAUGACACAUUUUACCUUAAGUAUACUUAAGAUGUGAUAAAUAUAAUAAACUUGGCCAAUAUUCAUUUAUUUUGAAAACACCGUAAACAAUAACACACAUCAAUCUUUGUUUUCAAAACAAAUACUAAACUCUCUAAAAUGAGCUUGUCAUGAUGAAUAACCUUAAUUUUUUUGUAAAACCUUCUAAAUAUAUUAGACUAUAGAUUUUGAUCAUUUAAAGUGAAAAACAAAAUUUUGAGGAAAAUCAUGAAUCAGUUCCUUUAAUGUCAUACUUUGGUUUUUGUUCUGAUAUUUGAUUUGCAAUGUCAGAAUCAAAAUAAAUAACAAGUUUUUAGUGUAACAUUAAAACAUGCUUUAUAAUUGUAGAUCAUAUCUUUUAUAUAUAUAUAUGUCAAUGUUUUUUCUUUGGCAAUCUUCCAUUAUCUAAUCCACUGGAAAACUCUGAUAUGGUCACUGAUGAGGAAAGAGGCUUUCUGUGUGUAUCACUGUCAGAACCAAAUCUGAAGAAAAAUAUACCAAGUCAGUUUUUGUUGACUUUGUAGUAAUAUAAAUGCAAUGUUUAACUUUUUAUGUACAAAUUGUCCUGGAUCCAGUUGCAUGAUGGAUAGUUAACUUUAACAGACAGUUAGCUUCCCAUUAACUCUUACAUUUACAUAGCGUUAACUAAACAUUAAUUGUCAGUUAAACUUAACUCAUCUUUGUGCAAUUGGGCCCAGAAUUAUUGGAUAUAUGCAAGAAAUGUUGUAUGAUUAUUAAAAUGUUGUUUGUAAAUUUUCAAACAGUUCAGUUUAUUUUUGUAUGGCAUCAUUGUUUUACAGUGUUUGUUGCUUUUAUUUUAAAUUUGAAAAAAUAAAAGUGAGAAAAAACC